AUGAACAAAACUCAUCCCCAGAGAAAUGGUGGUGUGGCUUUUGGUUCAACAAAGCCCUUCUUUGAAGAAAGAGCAGGCUGCUGCCAGUGGGGCUGCACCCGGAGGCAACUCUGCAUCUCUGCCAUGGUGCUGCUCAUCCUUGCUGCUGCCACGGGCUUGGCGGCAGUGCUGGGACUCCUGCCACGUGCCCCAGUGAACCGCUUCUGUGCAGCCUCCAGGAACCAGACAGGCUUCCUGUGUGAUGACAGAGUGACCUGCAUCCCAGCCAGCCAGGUCUGUGACAGAGUCAGCAACUGCAGGAAUGGAGAGGAUGAGCAGGAGAAACUCUGUGGUGACCUGCCCCACAGCCUUCCGGGGUUCCUGGUUUUCCACUGCGCUAACCCCACGUAUUGGGUCUACGCUGAUCAGAGGUGUAAUGGGCUCAAUGACUGCGGAGACUGCUCUGAUGAGAUGGGCAGCUUGGCCGCCUGCACUCCGUGCGGGUCGGAGUGGUGGAGCUGCAGCCCUGUGCUCUACGAGUACUGCUCCUGCGUGCCCAGGAGGCUGUGCCGGGAUGGCAUCCAGCACUGUCUCAGCUGGUCUGAUGAGUACAUCUGCAACCCAUGAAGUCUUGGCACCCAGCAGUGCUGAGACAGCAGGAGGCUUCCCGAAUUGUCACCUUUAAGCUUUGGUGUCCUCCUGCUCGCCACCUGCUUGAGAAGCUCCAACCCCUAUGCUGAGUGCACAAUGACACUCAACUGGACUUGGACAUGCCCAUGCCAGCCCAUGCUGCCUGUUGGGUACUGGACACCUUCAGGGGUUCUUCUGUCAUGUGAGGGUGAGUCCUCUGUACAUGGGCAGAGCAGUGUCUCACAGCAUUGACUUGAUGGGUUGUGUGCAGGCUGCUAGAGACGGUUUACCAGCUGCUGCCAACAGUUGGCAGGUCUGGCCAACACUGAGCAAAGAGUUUUUCCCGUGUGGACAUGCUGGUGCCUUUGCAGGCAGUGAGAUGGAGGGUACAUUGAAGAAUACUCUAAACGGCAGGAGCUGAAUGAGGUGAAACUUUCUAGGCCUUGGGUUAGCAUUUCCCUCCAGCACAUCUUCACACUCCCGAUCCUCACAGGCAAGAGAAGAGGCUUGUAUUUAUGUUCAAAGCAGGUCUGCUAGUGGUUUUGGCAACAGCUUUGGAGGCUUUUGCAUUGGUGCUCCUGGGAUCCUUCCUUGGGAACACUAUGCUGAGGGUGAUGCCAUGGAGAGCUGCUGCACAGGCCACUUCCUGUACUCUUCUUAAGCUGUGAAGAAUGUAAUGGUAGGGAAAACUGAAGUGGAGAGGUUUCAGGGUUUGUGGAGAUGUAUCACCAUUUCUCCGUGAUUGUGGAGCUGUCUCUGCAAGCCAGGGCACAGAACCAACGUGUAUAUAAAAUGUACUUCUCUCAGGGCUGUGCAGUUUUUGAGCAGGUUGAGAACAGACAUGGAGCUGGGAUGUGUUUUGCAGUAAGUUGGCAAAGAAAGGGAAUUCUAAAAAGUCACAGCCUCGGAGCAGAGAGCAGCAGAAAACCAAGUGCCACUCCCGAGGUGCUGUGGGAUGACGAGGGAUCUGUUCGUUGCUUGUUUCAUUCCUCUGCCAGCAAAGCAGUAUGAGGCAGCCAAACCUUCAAAACAGUCCUCAGGAAAUAGACAUGGAUGUGCCACUGAAAUUUCAGAAAGAUGUGGUCUAUCUCUGCUCCUUUGAAAAUCUCAUCAGUGUCUAAAACAUCAUCUCUGAGAAAAAAACCCACACUUAAAGUGAGUAUACUUACUUUUCUAGCCCCAAAAUAAACAUCAGGCAAUCUUCUUCCCACCACAAUCCAAGGUCAUAGAACUUUAAAAACAAAACCCCAUUCACUCAUUUCCUCUCUGUCCUGUGAUCCUGUGUCACUAUGACUUAUAUCAACAGUGAAUGAUUCUUCUAAUUUGUCACUGGGAUACAGCUGUAGAUCUGAGGCUUCUUUUUGAAAUGGUUUUACAUUAUCCUGACUCAGGCUUCACCUGGAAAGAGGUGGCAAAACUGCAAAAUGGAACUGGUACUAUGGGAAACUUUUAAAGCUGCAUUUAAUGACCUGUCCUCUUCUACCCCUGACUAGGAGGAAUGGCUUGUUUUCUCGAUGCCUGUAAAACACAACUGCAAUGCAUUCAGUGCUGCAGCUUGGGAAAUAGGUUAGGUGUUCUCUAGAUAAACUCUUCUCAGUUGCAAGCUUCCAGCCAUGAUCAAGGCCUGAAAUAGGGAUGCACAUCUUUACUGGAGAGUCAUAGACAUCUAAUGCUUCAACAAGGUUCAGCUGGGGUUGGUAAAUAAAGCCUGGCUUAUUGUAGUUGCUGAUGUUCCUCUUGUUACCCCAGAGUCUAUUCUGGGGCAACCACUGAGGAAGUCUUGCAGCAUUUCUAAGAGGAGCACAGGGAGGGGCAAUCCAGAGGCAGCAAGGGUCAGCCUCCCCUUCCUGGGAAGAAGAGCUUCUUUCUAAUUCAGAUUGGAUUCAGCCAUGGGCUGUUUGCCUGCUCCUUAGCUUUGGAGGCACCUGCUGCUUGUCUUUGGAAGGGGAAGAUGCAUAACAAGCUCUCUGCAUGAGGAGGAGGUAGGUGGGCUGCAGGACUGCUGCAUGCUUCUAUGGGGUAGCGGUCAAAGAAAGAUGGGAACUGUAGCUGGAUAACAGAUACUGUUGUUGGUUAGGCUGGCCUGUAUGGCAAUGGCUGUAUUCUCCCACUCCAGUAUUGGUUGAUCGUUGCCACAGCUUCACCUCUGCCAAGUUUUAAGAUGCUCAUGAGGGUGAAGGGGAAAGGGCUGGGGCAUGUGACAUGGGAGUGGGGGGAGUUGGAUGUUUGUGCUUGUUGUGUAGAAGGCCACUGCAGCAGAGGUCAAGUGGUGGCUUGCCUUGCCUGGAUGGGGAUAAUGUUGAGAUGUGGAAAUUCUUACUAUAUUGUGAGAUGUGAUAAAGAGCACAAGUGGCCUGGCUUAAGGCAGGAAAGAUUAUUGUGCCACCUUCUCUCUCCUUUAGCAGGAGGGUGAGGAAACAGAGGCAGGCUUAGUGUGCGUGGAAGAUAUCCCUGACUGCAAAAAGGAAACCAAAUACAGGCUUCUUCUCCCUUUCUGCCAUCUCACAGCUUUGUAACUGAGCUGAACCACAGAGAAAUGGGGUCAGUAAUGUGGUCCCUGUAUCUACGAUACGCCAGUAAAGGUUUACUGGUGUCAGAGGAGCUGACCUACCUGCAGGGUAGAGCCCCAAGGUUCCUCUCUGGCUGAUAUCCCUGUAUCAGUUUGCUCCUGGGAGGCCAGAGCUGUGAUUAAUGGCCUUAGGUUAGGAGAGAGGAACCAGGGACUCAUCCUGCUCUGGAUUUACACCUGUGAAGAGACUUGCCAAGAGAGACAUGGGAAGCAGCAGUCCAUGGGCAGCAAGGCUUGGAAGUCAAUCUGGAAACAGGCAGGGAUUCAGCAGGCAGUUUCAGCAGCCCCUUGGCUGAGCCCAUCUAUUUCAGGGUGAGUCUCCUGUAAUUUUCUAACUGCCUUGUUCCUGGUCAGGAGAGCCUGUGUGCUUCACAGAGUGCAAUAAAUAGAGAAGAGUGGGCUGAGGACAGUGAUAAGUGUGUCUAAGUCUUCCUAGGAUAAAGUGUACACGGGGUGUGUUUAGAAGAGGCAGUCCACUGGUCAGCAAGAAACCUAAGAAAAGGAAUAAUUGUAUCAGGAAUGGGGAAGAAACACCGUGGUCUAUAACAACUCUCUUCUGAAAAGGAAAGAUGUACUGUAUUAUUUUAGCAGCAGCCCUGUGACCUGGGGUGACUGUUUGUAUCAAAUCACGCUGUGCCCGUUUUCCAGCUGGAGGCAUCAGCUCCCUGCUGCUUCGCCCGUGUGAUCCCCGAGACGUGCCUCCCUGCCGGGCCAGGCCAGCACAUCUCCACAGUGCUGGAAGGGCUAGCAAAAGAAAUCUGGGGUAGCUGUUGACCCAGAAGCCAGCUGCAGUGGGGAGGAAUAUACUUGAGUGCCACUGUCACCUUCCUGUGCAGGCAUGGGUCUGCCAAGUGGCUGUGUCUGCCGUUGUUUGCCUCAGCAGAGGGCUGAUGGAGUCGUCAGUGGAAGCUAUUAAUAGCCUUCAGUUUCUGGGAAAAAAAAAAUGUAGGGCUUGAAAGUAUGCUUGUUUUGUUUGUGCAUAGUCCUUUUCUGAGGAAAACUCAGCAGUAGAAGAACAAAGAGAGAAAGGAGUCUAGCCUUUGUGCAUUUUUGAGGUGAAGCUUCUUUUCUUGGCCUUUUAAUUUCCAAGGAUGUGUUGCUUUUUUAUGUUAAACAAUGGUGUAAAAGGAAGAUAUGCCCUAAAUAAGCACUAUUAGGGGAAACUGGUAGUAAAUUCUUGGCCUUACAGGUCUAAGAACACACUGAUGGUUGCAGUGCCCAACUUGUGGGCACAGUGCACAUCAGCCAGCUUUGAGAGUAACCCAAGGGCAGGAAUUUGGUGAUAAACAUGCCUCUAGUAGUGCAGCUCUGCCCCUGGCUUCAGACAGGCUGACACAUGAUGAGUCUUAAGUGUCUAGGGGUUGUUUAUAGCAAAUAUGUACAAUCUGUGUUUGAAUGAUAAACUUCCUGGGACGUUUUUAGGUGGGAAGUAGUGUUAGUGCAUUGAGGAUGUGUGCAUGCCCCAACAGGGGGGUUCAAACCACAGAAUGCUCUCAAACGCAGAGAAUUUGCUUAUAAGAGAGAAUAUAUUCCAACUGCAGAGCCUGGUCUCCCCAGUAACCAAGUUUCAGCUUUCAUUUCUUGGCCUAAAAUGAGAGAGAGGGGACUUCUGUUCUACUUUGGAUUUCUGCAGUAACUGUUACCCAGGGCUUAGUGCCUCUGCUCCCCUGGGGCCCUGCUUAUCUUCUUGGCUUCCUCCCUUUCUCAGAGCUCUGGUGCUUGCAGAAUGAGCUUUAUGUUCUACCAGCACUAUUAACAGCCCCAAGGCACUUGACAGUGGCAGUGAUGAGUCUUCCUUCAGCUCCUUAGAAGGUGAGAGAAGAGGGAGAAUAGGACCAGAUAUUUUUGUGAAUAUCUACACCAGAAAAAUUAGUUAAGCAUGACCACAAAAGCUUUAUUUGAAAAAAAAUAUGUAUUGAAAAUAUACAGUAGUAUCACCAACCUUUUCCUUGCCUCUGUCCCUCCCCAGCCUGGUUAACCCAGCAGCAUGUCACAGCAAUCAGAUUUAACACCACCGAUCUCCUUUUGUUACUCCCUCUCAAUAGUCUAAAUUCUGUCAUCAGCAAGAAAAUAACAAACAAAAGACCCACUUCUUUCUGACUCAGUAGGUAUUUAACAAAUCCCAGUCCUCCACAGUGAGGCACAGAUGCUUCUGUUUGGAAGUCCUUUCUCUCUCUUGUUCAUCCAAAGCUCUUUUUUUAUUCUUCUUUAAUUCCUGGCUGCCCAAAACCUCCUUUUUCAAUGGCAAAUGGCUAUUUUGAACUUUUUCCUUAUAAAACUGCAAGUGUCCAGAUACUUUUGUUUCUGCCUCCACCAGCUUGCAUUUCACUACUUUCUCUAUUCUGUGUGUCUUGCCAUCUACAGGAAAAACAAACACAAAAACCCAUAAAAAUUAAGUUUGGAUUUGGGGAAAAGCAGAAUUAUGCUGUAAAAUGCACACUUGUGUUGGCCAAGCAAACCUGGAAUACUGACUGCUUUGCUGAAACGUGCUUAAGGGAAAAUAACCUUUGUAUUUUGGACUCAGGAUUUUAAGGAGAAAACUCAGUUAUUGUAUGUUGCCCCUAAGCAUGCUGCCAUGCUAUAGUUUAAGAGUUAUCCAGCUGCCUAACAAACAGAAAAGAUGAAACAUGUUGUUAAUGUAGUUACACAAACGGCUGAAAUUCCACACCUAAGAUGCUGUUUGUGCUAGAAAGGGAUGAAAAUAUUCCUUGUAGAAAAUAAACCAAACACACUCUGUGGGCUCUAUGCAGUUACUUACAGAAGUGCAGAGCAGCUGUUCUGGAUUUCAAGUUGUCCUGUGGCUUGAUGGCCUCCAUAAUCAUCUGCUCCCACUGCAAAACUGUCUGAAAAAAAACCCAUUUGAAGGAGUUAAAAUGUUUCUUGGAAAAUUUACAGAAAUAUCACUGCAAGUAACUCUGCCCCUUAUUCUCUCCCACUCAGUGACUUUUAAUACACCAUAAGGAUCGUUUCUAGAGAGUAAAUCAGACUUAAAAGCCUAUACCUGUUCUGCCCAUCCCUCUGUUUUGCAGUUACUGUGAUCAAAUUCUUUCAGAGGCACUUUGGAGUGAACCAGGCCUAUCUGCAUUUGGAGCCGCUUAAUGACAGCAUCAACAUCCUAGUGAGAAGGGAAACAAAGCAGUCAGAAGGGAAGACAUUUGAUUACACUUGCCCAGUAAACUUAGAUGCUUCUUUUUUUUUUUUACCUUGAGACCUGUCCCAGAAAUGUCCAGACAAUUCAAUUUCUUAAAAGAAAGAAGGUAUCCAAUUCCCACAUCUGUGAUUUUAGGGUUACCUGUAAGGGCAAGGAAAGUGAGCUAAGUUGUGAGUUGUGGAGAAUGAUGAUCAGAAUACCAAGAAGCUGUUUCUUCCAAAAAGCUGGAACAUGGGAGUCUGGGCCCUUUUUUUUUUGGUAGUAUGCUUCAUGUUCAGUGAGUCAAAAUUUACUUUUUCCAUCUAAUGAUUAAAGUACAAGUACUUACAAUACCAAUUCCCAAACUACUACAAAUCUUAAUGUGAGUAGCAAAGUAGCUGAGCCCACAGGUGUGACCUGUGCCUUCUGGAAAGUCGGGAGUCCAGUCCUUGGCACAUGGGAAUCAUGAAAUUAAUAGCAUUCCUUCAAUAUCAAGGAGGACAAAUUCUUUAUCAGAAAGGAUACAAGUUGCUUCUGAUGUUAAACUAUAAAGCACUUACAUGACAAGUCCAACACUAGAAGAUUCUCAAGUCCCUUUUUCAACACCCGCACUGGUGCUGUCAUUCUGCGAAGGCCUACAUCUGAUAGAGAGUUGUCUUUCAGGAGAAGCUGUCUUACACUGGGAGGAGAGAUAUAAAUGCACAGGUUUUAGUCAUUAUUUUAGAUAGUUUUCCAAAACUUCCUAAAACUUUCUGGUGGAAGGUCAGGGUCUUCCCGUGCCAACUCUUCGGUCUACUUGAAUGUUAGCAAGAAAGAAGCCUCAGUGAGUAAGAUGAACAAAUAUCUUUCUAUUGCCUCAGCUAACUCAACAGAAGCACUUACUUGACCAGCUUUUCCCAGGUGACAAACUGACCCUACAGCACAAGCACUUGUGAAUAGACAAUACAGUUCUUUAUACACCAAAGUUCUUUAAACCAAGGCUGCCACUCUCAAAUCCACUCUAAACUGAAAAGAGGGGGUUGUUUUUGCUUAGCAGAGUGGGAGAGGACAGAUUUGGUAAGAGAAACUGCAAUAAUUUUAAGGAAGCCAUGAGCUAUUAGAACACAGGUGAACAAGAGAAAAACCAAACACUAAAACUCUCUGGGACACUGCAUGAAAAAAACCUUAAUGCAAAAUGCACCAAAAUCUUAGAGCAACGUAAUAUCCCCUAGUUAGCAGUUAUCCUGCCUGUUGAUUUCCAGCAUUUUGUACUUUUCAAUCUUUAGUAUCAAACAGAAUUUUGUAUGUUUUGAAUGGUAACCAAAUAUUCAACCUACUGCUUGUAGAAAUCUUAAUCUGGAACAGGGUUUUGGUUAGAAAUGCGGCUGGUAAAAGUUCCUUCUUAAAACAAGGAAAUAAGUGUAACACUUCCAAAUGUUUAAGAUGCAGUUUUUUACCUGGCCAAUGGAAAUUACUAAAAGUGGAUUUCAAACCACAAGACAGGGAGUUAUCUUGGCUGCUUGCAGGACCUUUGAGGAUUCAGGGUGUGCUCUGGAUCAUUUGCUUUGCACACAAUAAAUCCUGCAUUCCCUUUACCUCAAUAAGGGGUUUUAUGAACAACCAAAACUUUCAACUUUAUACAUUGCUGCCUAUGAAUCUUUCCUUUAAAGUUCCCAGCUUGGUUCUUUGAACUGCUUAGUGAUAAGAAAACUGUCAUUUUUAGCUGUCUGUCAAGAAAUAGGUACCUAGACAGAGCCUCUUUGGUGAGGUGUUCCAGCAGUUCGUGUUCGUCUCCAAGUUUACAACAGGAGAGAUCCAAACAUGUCAGCUCCCGAAAAGACUUAAUUUCUUCUAGCUUUUCAGAGAUAACCAGGUAUCUGCAAAGAGAACAACAACAAAAUAGCAUAAGGCACAUAAAAAGGCACCUGUAUCUUCAAGUGGCACAAGCAUAAUGCAGUUGUUUCUUCCACGUUCCUUUGUGAAAAUGGAGAGAAAUGAGCCAGGUGUCCCAGCUACCUUUUUAUGUGCAGCCUGCACGCAACACAUUCAAGUUCUCAAUCUUCUCCUUGAACAAAUGUCAUGGUUUUGCUUUGAUGCAAAAUAUUGGACUAACAGUUAAGACUUCAACUUGCCAAUAUCACAAUUAGGGACUUCUUCACAGAAUAUUAUUGUAUUAUUUCAGAACAAUGCAAAAUAUAUAUUUCAGUUUACUAUAAAUCAGCUUCAUAAACUUCUCUUCCUCGGUAUCUAGGAAGUGUGCAGACAAACUCACAUACAUCCAGGUUUAAAAUCAACUUCAAACGUAUCAGCAUAGCUUCUCAAAUGGCAACAUUUCACUUUUUUAGACAUAAAUAAAAUACUUGACUAGAGAUGAAAGGCCUGAAGGACUGUGGCUGCACCCUAGGCAGUAGUUACCCAGCGAGUUGUUUGCUUAGCUGUGCUGGUUCCCUGAUCUGCUUCGCUCCACAGUCCUGCAAACAUCUGUGCUGGAACUAUUCAUUAGGAGGCUCAGAGAUGGGAACAAACCACUGAAGAAUGGCAUGCAUGAAGAUGCAGUAAUGAGCACGUAGCAGUCACUGCCUCAGCAGUCUCUCCUACGUUUAUUGUCCCCAUGGCAAAACAAGUCCCAAAUUUGCUAAUCUCUCCUGAAUUUACCAUAUAUUCCCCAUGGCAAGACAAACCCUGAGAUCAGCAUCUUCACUGCUGAAAUGAGGAGUGCUUACCAAUUUCAUCCCUCAAAGGAACACCUCUUUGGCUGUGCAAAUGGGAGGACUUUCAUAUCCCUCUACUGCAAGGCCAGCUAUCAAACUACCCUACCAAAUCCCUUUGCCAUGCAAUUCAGCUAUGCAGAAGGCAGUACCUACAGUCAGAGCACAAGCCAACUCUUGAGAGAUGCUACUAGCUCAGAGGGGAUGUGAAGAGUGGGCUCUUUUAGAAAUAAGAUUAAUCAGAAAAUGGCUUAAUAUCUUACUUUCUGGAUUUCAAAGACUCGAUACUUAGCCUUCUGUAAUGGCAAAAGAUGACAGAGGUAACUUCUGAAUUAAUCCCAUUAAAAGUAUCUGUACUAGAGAUAAAAAGGCAGUAGGUUUAAAGGAUAAAACAAGGGAUAAUUGACCUCUGCUCAAACGUUCCUACUGUUCUCUGAACACCCUUGGCACUUCACAUGAAUAUGCCUGUACUUGGAUUUUAAACUGGAUAAACCAUCCCCUUUUCAAGUGUACAGAUGGAAGAUAAGGCUGGUUAUAUUACUGGGAAAGGCUUUGGUAGGAGCAAGGUUUUAAAAACAAAACUUUUUAAGCUUGGUAAGACUCUCUUUUACUGAAAGACAAUGUGGACAUUGACAAGAUGGAAAAACUGGUACUGGAACCUCCUUAAAGCAUGUUCAAUAUGGAAAUGGGAACGAGAAUAAACUAAGGUAAAACCUGCCUGACUUCAAAGCCUGUAACCUACCUACAAAACUGUAUCUUCUUCUGACCCCCCCAAAAUGAAGUGAGAUGGCAACCUUAUAGUAAAUAAACUCAGACAGUUUGCAAAGG